AUGCGCUCUGGCGUACUUCGGCUUUUGCUUGCGACAUGGGCUUGUGCUUUGGUGGCUGCUGCAGAUCCGGUUGGGCCGAUCACGACGCAUUUUGAGGAGUGGUUGAAGUCAAAUGGCUACGGUGAAUUCGAUUACGCUCGCCGUGACCUUGGCGAAGUCGGCAGCUACGGCGGCAAAAAGGACGAUCAUCAGGAGGUCCAACAAACCCCAAUCGUGUUCAUCCACGGCAACACCGACGGUGCUUUGAAAGAACCCGGACCCUACAGCUCUGGCUCAUCAGCACAGAUUGCCUAUUUCGAAUCCAAAGGGUACACCCAAGCCGAACUGUACGUGACCACGUGGGGCAAUCGACGGCUCGACGAGGCGGCUUAUCAGGCCCACAAUUGCUCAACGCUUGUAAGGCUGCGCAGAUUUGUGGAAGCUGUAUUAAAAUAUACAGGGAAAAAAGCCAUCCACCUCUCCGGGCACUCAAUGGGCGUGACGUUGGCCAGGAAAGUGGCCAAGGGCGGGAAAGUGACGGAGAAAUUGAACGGGAACACCUGCGAUCUCGGACCCCCGCUCACCGAGCAAAUCGACGUCUUUUGGGGCUCUGCGGCGCGAACUACGGCAUGUGCGCCUGCCUCGCCUCGACGUAUACUUGUAAUGAAAUUAACGGCUUCUGGCCUGGGGACAGUUGCGGCUCGAACGACAGCAAAAUGUGUGGCGUCAAGCCUCUACCCGAAAAAUGCGAUCAGCAGAACUAUUCCAGCCUGCUUUAUCAGA